AUGCCAGCUCCAUACGAAAAAGGAUCAUCAAAGAAAGGUGCUACACUUUUCAAGACCAGAUGUUUGCAAUGUCACACAACCGAAAAAGGUGGUGCUAACAAGGUUGGUCCAAACUUGCACGGUGUCUUUGGUAGACACUCAGGUCAAGCUGAAGGUUACAGUUACACAGAGGCCAACAAGAAGGCCGGUGUCCUUUGGGAUGAACAACACAUGUCUGACUACCUUGAAAACCCAAAGAAGUACAUUCCAGGUACAAAGAUGGCCUUUGCUGGUCUUAAGAAGGCUAAGGACCGUAACGAUCUUGUUACCUACUUGAAGGAAGCUACUUCUUAA